AUGCAUGCCUGGAAGGAGGGUUGGGCCGCCGGCACGGCCCCGCCCCCGCUGCCCCGGUGGUGGCCCACGGCCCCCCGGCUGCCCGUGGUCAAACUGGAGUCGCUGAAGCGCUGGAACGACGAGAGGGGCCUCUGGUGCGAGAAGGGGGUGCAGGUGUUGCUCACCACGGUGGGCGCCUUCGCGGCCUUCGGCCUCAUGACCAUCGCCAUCAGCACGGACUACUGGCUGUACGCGCGCGCCUUCAUCUGCAACACCACCAACCUGACGGCUGGCGACGACGGGCCCCGCCGCGGGGGCAGCGGCUCCUCGGAGAAGAAAGACCCCGGCGGGCUCACGCACUCGGGCCUCUGGAGGAUCUGCUGCCUGGAAGGGUUGAAAAGAGGCGUCUGCGUGAAGAUCAACCAUUUCCCGGAGGACACGGACUACGACCAUGACAGCGCGGAGUAUCUGCUCCGAGUCGUCCGGGCCUCCAGCAUCUUCCCCAUCCUCAGCGCCAUCCUGCUGCUGCUCGGGGGCGUGUGCGUGGCGGCCUCCCGGGUCUACAAGUCCAAGAGGAACAUCAUUCUGGGAGCAGGGAUCCUGUUCGUGGCAGCAGGCCUGAGCAACAUCAUCGGCGUGAUCGUGUACAUCUCGGCCAACGCGGGCGAGCCGGGCCCGAAACGGGACGAGGAGAAGAAGAACCAUUACUCGUACGGCUGGUCCUUCUACUUCGGCGGGCUGUCGUUCAUCCUGGCCGAGGUGAUCGGCGUGCUGGCCGUCAACAUCUACAUCGAGCGCAGCCGCGAGGCGCACUGCCAGUCUCGCUCGGACCUGCUCAAGGCCGGCGGGGGCGCGGGCGGCAGUGGCGGGAGCGGCCCCUCGGCCAUCCUCCGUCUGCCCAGUUACCGCUUCCGCUACCGCCGCCGCUCCCGCUCUAGCUCCCGCUCCAGCGAGCCGUCGCCGUCGCGGGACGCGUCUCCCGGCGGCGCCGGGGGCCCGGGCUUCGCCUCCACGGACAUCUCCAUGUACACGCUCAGCCGCGACCCGUCCAAGGGCAGCGUGGCCGCGGGGCUGGCUAGCGCCGGUGCCGGCGGCGGGGCGUACGGCGGCGCGGCGGGGGGCGCGGGGGGCGGCGGCGGCGGCGGGGCGGGCUCAGAGCGGGACCGCGGGGGGGCGUCCGGCUUCCUCACGCUGCACAACGCCUUCCCCAAGGAGGCGGGCGGCGGCGUCACGGUCACGGUCACCGGGCCGCCCGCCGCGCCUGCGCCCGCCGCGCCCGCGCCCGCCGCGCCAGCCCCCGGGACCCUGGCCAAGGAGGCCGCCGCCUCCAACGGCAACACGCUCAACAGGAAAACCACGCCCGUGUAGGGGCGCGACGGGGGGCGCCGAGGGGGCGUGUCCGGGGC